AUGAUGACUUGCAUCAUCCUCCAUAAUAUGAUUGUGGAGGAUGAUUAUGAUUACGAUGCUACAGAGGUCUACAAACCGGAUCCCAUGAACAUGGCCUUGACACAAAUUUAUGAAAGGCCCAUGAGGCCAAGUGGAGAACCGUUUAAGCCGGAUCCGUUGGUUAGGGAUGGUCGUUUCAUGACCUGUAUGGUAGAUUGA